AAAGAAAACAAAAAUAACAAAAUCUUCAUCCUAUAAACGUCUCUUCUCUCUUUCAUCAUCGCUGCAAGAAACUUAGCGACAACUCUCUUUCUCUAUCAUCUAUCUCUCUCUCAUUUUCAUGGCGACCCAAGAUUCCCCAGGGAUUAAACUUUUUGGCAAAACCAUAACAUUCAAUGCCAAUAAUAAUAUCAUACAGACGAUUAAGAAAGAAGAAGGGCAGGAACAACAUCCAGAGCUACAAACAAAAGCAGCUGUGAUAUCACCAUCAACAUCGGAUCUAACAGCAGAGAAGCGUCCAGACAAGAUCAUAGCAUGUCCGAGAUGCACGAGCAUGGAGACCAAGUUCUGUUACUUCAAUAAUUACAACGUUAACCAACCAAGACACUUCUGCAAAGGUUGUCAGCGUUAUUGGACCGCAGGUGGAGCUCUCCGGAAUGUUCCCGUCGGUGCCGGUCGUCGGAGGUCCAAACCUCCGGGUCGUGUGGGUGGGUUCUCCGAGUUGCUUGGAGCUGCGACUGGAGCCGUUGGUCAGGUCGAGCUUGACGCUUUGCUGGUGGAAGAGUGGAGAGCAGCUGCGUCUCACAGUGGUUUCCGGCAUGAUUUUCAGGUGAAGAGACUCCGUUGCUACACCGAUGGUCAAUCUUGUUGAUUAUAUUACAUUUUCUGUUAUUUUGUAUUAUUUGUUAUUGUUUCGGGUUUUCCAUUUAACCCGUUAGAAAUAACGUGGUUAAGUUUGUUUUGAUUUGCUUACUGGAUACGUACAGGCUAGCAGCAAAAAUUAACUAGUGAACUAUUUUAUUAGGGGGUUUUAUACUUGCUUAUCUACUAAACAGCUGUCGCUUAUUUCAAUUUCUCUUGUUGAUUUUGUUUAGUUGUAAAGUGAAGCUCGUGGGAUUUUUCUUAUAAAAAGAAAGACGGUGUCGUUGACCAUUA